AUUAGCAGGGAUAAAUCACUCAAAAAUUUGAUAAUUUAAGCAGCAAACAAACUACACUGUAGGAAUAAAUAUAUCAUUACUCACCGACAAUAUUAAAUUUAACGUUACCCAAAUAUGGCGAUGGAGACCAUUUUGGGGAUCAAAGGACCGGACUUUGUCAUGCUCGCUUCGGAUACAAUGCAGGCCAAGUCGUUAAUCUUUAUGAAGGACGAUCAGUCAAAAGUCCACCGCCUUUCCGACUUCAACAUGAUGGCCGCAGUGGGCGAUGGCGGCGAUACUCUUCAGUUUACGGACUACAUCUCUAAGAACCUGCAUCUGUACAAGAUUGCCAACGGUUAUCACCUAAGUGCCCGGGCUGCCGCCCAUUUUACCCGCCGACAUCUGGCGGACUACAUUAGAACCAACACGAGAUACCAGGUGGCCAUGCUGCUGGCCGGCUUUGAUGCCAUCGAAGGUCCGGACCUGCACUACAUCGACUCCUUUGGGGCAGCGCAGUCCAUCAACCAUGCGGGUCACGGCUGGGGCAGCAUGUUUUGCGGCAGUAUCCUACAGAGAUUCUGGCACGCUAACCUCACCCAGCCAGAGGCCUUCUGUAUCUUGAAAAAGUGCGUGGUGGAGAUCCAGAAACGGCUGAUCAUCAACCAGCGAAACUUCGAGGUCUUUGUGGUGGACAGCAAGGGAAUGCGCAAGAUGGAGGCCAUCAAUCCGGGAUCGCUGAGCAACGAGGCGCUCAAUCUGAGUUGGGAGUGCACCAAAAAUUAAAAAGUAUACCUUAAUGCCCGAUAA